AUGGAAUCUGCUAUUCGUUGGUCGCCGAGCUCAACCCCCACCGAGCAGCGAUUCCUCUCGGUCGACGUCACUGGCAAAUCGUUUCGUCUAUGCAGGGUCACUGGCUAUGAUGGGCUGAAGCUUCGGCAUCAAGUGAUUUCCACUCUAACGGACGUUCCCCUCUUUCGCGCAUUCGACUGGUCCACCUCCAACGAGAACCUGAUCACGGUAGGCCAAUCGUCCGGCGAAGCCACCCUUCUGCGAUUGGACGCCAACGUAAAAGAGUCGCUCUCUUUUCCCGUUCGCAAUCAGCGUUAUUGUAACGCAGUUGCAUUCAGUACACAUGGACUGGUGGCUUCAGGUCUUGAUCGCGUGCGCAACGACUUCUGUUUGAACAUCUGGGAUGUGAACCAGCGACUGGGCCCUGCAGGAGGAAGUAAAGGCUUUCCCGAACCUUUGAGGAAGCUGGCUAGCUCUGAGCCUAUUACAAGUAUCAAAUUCUUCCGUGAUCAACCGGACACAUUGGUCACCGGAGUGAAGGGCCAAUUUGUCCGGAUCUAUGAUCUCAGAGAGGGUCCUGGCAACCCGUCUCUCCAGUUUCCAACCCGUUGUGUCCACAAUUUGGCGAUCGACUGGCUCGACGAGAACUACAUCGCAUCAGGUGCAACUUCCAAUGACAGCACCAUCUGCGUCUGGGAUCGGCGAGUGGCGUCUCGACUGACAUCUCCAUCGGUCGGAUCAUCUGCAAGUAAUCCGGAGUCCGGUCAAACGGCGGCGGCUCUUCAAUUCAAAAACGUCUUCGGUCCGAAAUCCUCGAUCUGGAGUCUCCGGUUCUCCAAGACCAAUCGCGGCUACCUAGGGGCACUUGCUAAUACGGGCCACUUCAAAACAUAUGAUAUUGCCAAGGAGCAUGUGCCAGAAGAGUAUCGUGCUUCAAUCGAUGACACCCUCGGCUCCGGUUCUUUCAAAAACUACGCAGAGCCCGUGUACACCAAGUAUGUGCGAGAUGUACGUGCUCCAUUCGACCAUCCAACGCGAGGGUGUGACGAGCGCGAAAGAAUCGUUGCUUUUGAUUUCUUGAACCUUGCUAUCUCUGCUCAAGCCAGUGCCGUUGCCCUGGAUGGCAAUGGGCAACCACAAAUUGUCACUGCACGGCCACCGUGUGCACCGGGAGUCUUGGCUUGUGGCGUUGCAUUGAGGGAUUCGGAUAUCAGGACCAUUCAUCCUCUGUCCGAGCAAAUUUCGCCUGUAUCUGAGCUCAUUAAAACCAUCAGAACGCGCGUUUUAUCAAGCUCGAAAGAGGCCGUGGCAAAGUCCGAUAGGAAGUCGCCUAUAUCAAGAUUAGUGAUAUCUGAUCCAGUUCCGAGUCGAGAAGGCCGAGAGCGGGCACUAUCCCUUGGAACUCUGGGUACUCUGUUAAGCGCCAAAGAAGCCUUGACUUUGUCAACACUCGGCCAAUUCCGGUGCAAAGAAGGAUAUCUAUUUGAUGAGGCUAAGAACGGCAGGAUUGUGUCAGACGAUGCCGCUUUACAGGAUUUCUGGGGCUGGGUUGAGCGUGCCCGGGCGGACUCUGUGGGUAUGACCAUGGUAGUUAAUGGUCUAGACAUGAACUACAUGGGAGUGAGCAACAUGUGGACCAACGAUUUGGGUUCGUAUGUAAGCUAUCAUGUGGCAAAAUACGAACUGACGAGUAAAAUAGGACAUGGCACCGAGAAACGACGCAUUAGCACAAAGGCGGAUAGCCCUCAAAGUGCAGCCGAAGCUAUAUGUCACCUUGCAGAGCAACUGAAUCUACCAGAAGUGAAGGGCUGCGAGACUGCCUACCCCGAGCAUCGCCGACUCUGUCUCCGUGUCUGCGGUGCAGCACAGUCAUACAAAGAAUUAGAAGAGCUGGUUAAGAAUCUCUCCUCUGAGAAUCAACACACCAAAGCCGCCGCUUUGGCUGUCUUCCAAGAUGAACCGAAGCUGGCCUAUCUCGGUCUUCGAAGCAACAAGCCCACGCAAGCCCACAAGCUCCUCGCGAUGGCCAUUGCCGGUUCUGUAAAGGGGGAUAACAGCUCUGACUGGGAAGAGACAUGCACGGAGAUAUCUCAAGAACUCACAGACCCAUACUCGAGGGCUAUUCUUGCUCUCGUGAGCAAGGGUGACUGGAACUCGGUCAUCAGGGAGACCACACUGCCAUUGAAGUACCGAGUCGAGGUUGCAUUGCGGUGGCUUCCUGACCACGAGCUGACCGAGUAUCUCCAGAAUGCCACAACAGAAGCUAUUUGCGAGGGCGAUAUCGAGGGUGUUGUUCUGACCGGUCUGGGCCAUAUGGCCAUGGGUCUGUUUCAGUCAUACAUUGACAAGUUCAACGAUGUACAGACCCCGGUGCUAGCCAUGAGCUACACCGUCCCGCGAAUCGUCAGCAGUCCGGCGUCUCUCGCCCAGUUUGAAGCCUGGCGCCAGACUUAUAGGCGACAGAUGAACUCGUGGAAGCUUCAACUUGAACGGGCCCGCUUCGACGUCGGCUCCCGUCGCUUUGCAGUGACUGUGGACGGACGCAAACUCACCCCUGCGCCCCCACAGCAAGUCAGUCUGACCUGCAAUUACUGCACGCAACCACUCACUCAGCACGACGCCUCAUCCCAAGUCUCUCCCACGGCCACACCUGAGACUGUUCAUCCGAGCAUUGGCAAUCAGCUUGGGUCCGCGACCAUGUCUGGCACUGUCUGCUCUCGGUGCGGUCGCCAUAUGCCUCGAUGCGGCGUGUGCACCAUGUGGCUUGGGACACCAGACCCGGUGUCACGUUCCGGAGUGGCUGCAGAUGUCGAGCCCAAUACUCGCAAGCCUACCGAGGCGGAGGUGAUGCGACGAUUCGUGGUAUUUUGUAUUCAUUGUAACCAUGGCUUCCACGCGCAUCAUGCUCGGGACUGGUUCACCCGACACAAGGUAUGUCCCGUUGCGGAGUGUAGCUGCAUCUGCGAUCGAUGA